AUGACGCAUGCGACAGUCACUACCAGCGUGUCACGCCUGGGAGAGCCCGAGCGAUCUGGAGAUCCACCGGCAGGGUCACACGGGCGUGAUGCCCUAUGGCUGCUCUACCUGCAGCAAGACCUUUGCCCAGUUGUCGGGGCUGAGGAACCACCAGAGGGUGCACAGCAGUUAGCAGCCCUUCACCUGCUCCGACUGCGACAAAGGCUUCAAGUCGUCGCCAGAGCUGAAGCAGCACCGGUACACCCACACAGGGGAGCGCCCCUACACCUGUGCCCAGUGAGGCAAGGACUUCACCCAUUCCAGCAGCCUGCUGCAACACCUGCGCCUCACAUCGGGGAGCGCCCCUAUACCUGCACCCAGAGCGGCAAGGGCUUCACCUCCUUCAGCAACCUGCCCUCCCACCAGCGCAUCCACACCGGCAGGCGCCCCUACACCUGCGCCCUGUGCAGCAAGGGCUUCACCCAGUCUAGUCAUGUGCUGGAGCACCAGCGAACCCACACUGUCAAGCGCCCCUACACCUGUGCCCAGAGCGGCAAGGGCUUCACCCGCUCCGGCACCCUGCUGGAGCACCAGCACACCCACACCGGUGAGCGCCUCUACAUCUGUGCCCAGUGCGGCAAGGGCUUCAACCAGUCCCAUAGCCUGCUGUUGCACCAGCGCACCCACACCAGCGAGCGCACCUUCACCUGUGCCCAGUGCGGCAAGGGCUUCACCUGCUCCACCAAGCUGCUGUCCCACCUGCGGGUGCACACUGGCGACCAUCCCAUCCCCAACCUGUUGUGUGAAGAGCGCUUUGCCAUGGUCUUCCAUGCCCUGUCUCACCAGCGGGUGCACACCAGUGGCCAGCCCUACGACUGCCCGUACUGCGGUGAGCGGUUUGACAGUUCGCGGGGGUUGCGGCAGCACCGGCGGGCCCACGCCGGCGAGCAGCUGCUCCCACUGUGACAAGAGAGCACGGGGGCUGCGGGA